GAAGUAAUCUGGAGACAAACGCAAAACACAUAAAACAUCAACUAUGGCGUCAAUAGGAGAUUUUGACCCUUUAAACUCAACUGUACCUGCGACUAAAAUUGAAGUCACCGUAUCUUGCAGAAACCUGUUGGACAUGGACACCUUCUCAAAGUCAGAUCCAGUGGUCGUGCUGUACGUUCAAGGUCUGGGUACAAAGGAGUGGAGAGAGUUUGGUCGGACUGAAGUGAUUGAAAACACACUGAAUCCUGACUUCGUGAGGAAGUUUGUGCUUGAUUACUUCUUUGAAGAGAAACAAAACCUUCGUUUUGAUGUGUACAAUGUGGACAUGAGGAGUUGCAACCUGUCCAAACAUAAGGACUUUCUGGGUCAGAUAUUCUGCACUCUUGGAGAGAUUAUUGGCUCCUCUGGUGGCAGACUGGAAAGGACACUCUCAGGAAUUCCUGGUAAGAAGUGUGGAACCAUCAUCUUUACAGCCGAGGAACUCAGCAACUGCCGGGACAUAGCUACCAUGCAGUUCUGUGCCAACAAGCUGGAUAAAAAGGAUUUCUUUGGCAAGUCUGAUCCUUUCCUCGUCUUCUACCGGAGCAAUGAAGAUGGAACGUUUACCAUCUGUCACAAGACCGAGGUGAUCAAGAACAAUCUGAACCCUGUUUGGCAGUCAUUCACCAUCCCUGUUCGUGCACUUUGUAAUGGUGACUAUGACAGGACAGUGAAGGUGGACGUUUAUGACUGGGACAGAGAUGGGAGUCACGACUUCAUUGGAGAGUUUACCACCAGCUACAGGGAACUGUCCAGAGGCCAAAGCCAGUUCAAUGUCUAUGAGGUUUUGAAUCCUAAAAAGAAAGGCAAGAAGAAGAAAUAUGUCAAUUCAGGGACGGUGACUCUCCUGUCUUUUAAAGUGGAGUCAGAACACACGUUUGUCGACUACAUCAGAGGAGGGACACAACUGAAUUUCACAGUGGCUAUAGACUUCACUGCGUCUAAUGGUAAUCCAUCCCAGCCCACCUCUCUGCAUUACAUGAGUCCAUACCAGAUGAAUGCAUAUGCCAUGGCCCUGAAGGCUGUGGGGGAGAUCAUUCAGGAUUAUGACAGUGACAAGCUCUUCCCUGCAUAUGGCUUUGGGGCUAAGCUACCUCCAGAUGGCAAGAUCUCCCAUGCCUUCCCACUGAACUCCAAUACAGGAAAUCCAAACUGUGUAGCGAUCGAGGGUGUACUGGAGGCUUACUUUCACACCCUGCGAACUGUUCAGUUGUAUGGGCCAACCAACUUUGCUCCUGUCAUUAACCAGGUGGCACGGUGUGCUGCAGAAGUAACGGAUGGCUCACAGUACUUUGUGCUGCUGAUGAUCACAGAUGGUGUCAUUUCAGACAUGGCUCAAACUAAAGAGGCAGUUGUCAAUGCAGCGUCAUUGCCCAUGUCUAUAAUUAUAGUAGGAGUGGGCCCUGCUGAGUUUGAUGCAAUGGAAGAGCUUGACGGAGAUGAGGUCAGAGUGUCUUCCAGGGGACGAUUUGCUGAAAGAGACAUCGUCCAGUUUGUUCCUUUCCGAGACUACAUUGAUCGGUCAGGGAACCAGGUUCUGAGCAUGGCUCGACUGGCUAAGGAUGUCCUUGCUGAGAUCCCUGAUCAGCUAAUGUCUUUUAUGAAGAGCCGCGGUAUUGAACCACGGCCUCCACUGCCAGCCACCUCUGACCCUCCUUCAGUGUCCACCACCACUGGAAGCCCUGCUCCUGCUGCCAAACAAAGAAACUCUCAUCCUUGACUGAGGGCAACAAACGGUGCAGAGCCAGCUUGAGCAAAUGGAGGUGUGUGUGGGUAUGUGUGGGUGUGUGUACAGGUGAGUGUGCAAGAUGUAUAACUUCAGAGGUUGAUUGGCACAAACCAAAUCCUUAAACUGAGCCUAAUAAAAGGAUGAUGAUGCUUUUUUUCCAUUUUUUUAAAAUAGAUUUAGAAUAUCAGGGUAGAAAAUAAAUGGUUAAAAUUUUUCUUUUUCUAAGGUGUGACUUCUUCAGCACCUAAAAACUAAACAUUUUACCAGUGGAACAUAGAAUUCUGUCAGGAGGAACAGACUGCAUUUGAAACCAAGGCUUCAAAUACAAAGAUUUUAUUACUCAAUCAUUAAAUUGAUCUUUCUCAAUGUAAUAUGUCUGGCAGACAGGUCUGCAACUCAGUCACUCUUGGUUCUGUUUCUGGUAGCUCCUGCAGAAUCUAGAGAACUUGAUUUGUUUUAGCAGGAAAUGUAGACAGCAGUACGACCUUUGUCCUUGAUUGUUUCAUUUCAGGGUAUUUUAAAGGAUUGACUCAAGCUAAGAUUAAGGAAGUACGAAAAAUUUAAAUGAGUGUUGUCCCACCUGGUUGCCAGCUUACAUCAGUCCAUAUUAUUACUUCAGAAAAUAAUUGCUGUAUUUUGUGCUGGAAAUUAAACUUUUAAAACACCUUGGUUCCUAAAAAAAGAGGAAAUACUGACAUAACAGAAAACUUUGUAUUGAUGUAGGUAGAUAUAAAAUCUGUUUUUUGUUUUUGAAUUUUGUGCUAUUUAACUAAAAUUCAAAGUAAUCUAUUUUAAUGAAACAUUAGAAUCGUGUUUGUGGUCAGGGUGACUUGUCCAGAAAAGGGACAUAUGUUACAAUAAACGGUGGUUGUUUUAAUGCAUCCUGCUAUGGUCUUCUAAUCUUAACAGCGUUGCACAUUUUCAGCCAUGUAUAAUUCACAUUAAAUCCUGUGUGUAGUACUUCAAGAAAUGUUACUAAAAGGAUUCUUUGUAACAGG